CUCUCCAACUUCAGUUCUACAUCCACUCACACCACCAGCUCCUCACCCCCACAACACAACCAGCUCAUCACCACCUCACACAACCAACUCCCCACUCCCACUUCCCAACUUCACCACCACCCCCAUCUUAACCAUGUACACCUCCAUCGCCCUCGUUGCCGCCUUCAUCGUCAGCAUGCUCGGCGCGGUCAACGCGAUCUCGCUCCCUCCGUCAUGCUCGCGCAGCUGCUUCAUCUCCGCCGUCAGCGCGUCCAACUGCGGUGUUGACUUCGACUGCCUCUGCAAGGACACUGCGUUCGUGCAGAAGGUGAAGACUUGCGUGCCGACCGCUUGCACUGCCGAGCAGACCCCUGCGGUCGUCGAGUUCGCGAAUACUCAGUGCGAUGGGCAGACGGGGUUCCCGAUCGAGAUCUAAGUGUCGGGAAGACGGACGGAUGGUGGCGGAUGGUGGCGGAUGGUGGACGGGCGGAAUUGAUGGAGACCAUGCUGUGUUGAUCACGCAUACCUAGAGAUAGAAAAUGUUAAAAUGAGAAGGAAUUCCC